CAUCAUGCAUCACCUGCUGUUACCUGUGUUCAAAAGUUUGGGUGUUUGAUCAACUAGAUCUGGUCACUUAUGAGGAAGUCGUGAAGUUGCCAGCGUUCAAGAGGAAAACGUUAGUUUUACUAGGUGCCCACGGUGUUGGGCGAAGACACAUCAAAAACACGCUCAUCACCAAACACCCAGACAGAUUUGCUUACCCCAUUCCACACACGACCAGACCUCCAAAGAAAGAAGAAGAGAACGGCAAGAAUUAUUUCUUUGUAUCCCACGACCAAAUGAUGCAGGAUAUCUCCAACAACGAUUACCUGGAGUACGGGAGCCAUGAGGAUGCAAUGUACGGCACUCGGUUGGAGACGAUACGGAAGAUCCACGAGCAGGGACUCAUAGCCAUACUGGACGUAGAGCCACAGGCACUGAAGGUUUUACGGACAGCUGAAUUUGCUCCCUAUGUGGUUUUCAUUGCUGCACCAACAAUCACUCCUGGCAUGAAUGAGCUUCCCAGAUGGUGCAGGAAGCUGCCUGACGAGUCAUUACAGAGGCUGCAGAAGGAGUCUGAAAUCCUCCAGAAGACAUAUGCACACUAUUUUGACCAAACCAUCAUCAAUAAUGAGAUUGACGAGACUAUUCGGCUCCUGGAGGAAGCCAUAGACCUGGUUUGCACCACAGCCCAGUGGGUUCCAGUGUCUUGGGUCUACUAAAUCAGCAAACCCAUCAACCUGUAACCUUAUGCCCUUCAUACUUUGCAGUGAAUCUCUGCAAGAAAAAAGAAAAGAAAACUUCCGAUCUUUCCCAUGAUGCAAACAAAAGCUCACCUCUGAUGUUCACAAACAUCAGUGUACCUGCAGUGAGCCUAGUCUUGGCCCCUCACAGACAGACUACCUAGAUGUAGUGUUGUAUUACUGAAAAAAGAACAAUAAAAUAAAUUACUAAAUAUUGUCAUGUCUAUAUAGCUAGGAGGCGACAUUUUGUAGACGUUUUAUUUAAAGAGACAGUAUCCUACAUGAUGCAUUUUCCUAAAAGGAAUAUUUUUGUAGUUUUUCUACCCAUUUCUGUUAGUACCAGAGAAAAGGUGCAGCAUUACUACAGCAGAAUCCUCAUAGCUUUCAUCUGUCCAGCCCGUCCAUUAAUACAUAAUCCCCACAUUAUCCAUGUGGCAGACCCUAGCUGCUUUAGUGCACAACCCACCGAUUCAGCGUUCAUUUAAAACCAAACCUUUUUUUUCCAUUUGUUUUUCCCAGUUCACCCUCCUCUACACGUGGAUACUGUCUCUCUAAAGACUUGCAUAAAUGUUUUAGAGAUUUGAAUGAGAUCUCAUGCAUGUGAACAUUCACGAGCGUCCAUGCCGUCAGUGUUAGCUGUGUUCAGACCGUCACCCACGGCAGAAAACAUUCCAUUCGUCUGGACGAACAUAUUCAAACAGGUGGAGCUGGUGACGAGGAGGGGGGGAAAAAAGACCUAUGCACAUCCCUUGCAUUUUGGCAACUUUGUAAAGUUUAUUUUUACCAAUCAUGUAGUAAAAUGUGUUUGUAAAUGGUCUAAAUUUUUAUUUGUUGUAAGAUAAAGGG